AGCAGGAAGCAAAAGAACAGUAAAGUCAGAUGAACUGGAGAAGGGGCAGAUGUUGCGGACAUGAAGAAAGUAGCCAUGAGCAGCGCACACCCCUGACAGAGAACACCUGGAGGGGUGUCUUCUGGAGUGCAGGUUGUGCUGGGCAUGGGCUGGGCUGAAGCCUAGGACACAGCUGUUAACAUCUGGAUCCAGGAUCAUGUCUGCUAACAAGGGCUUGUGGGCACCACCCGAGGGUGAGGACAGCCUGUCUGAGAAGUUUCUGAGGAAGACCAGGGAGUCUCCACUGGUGCCUGUAGGCAUAGGAGGCUGCCUGGUGAUAGCAGCAUAUCGGAUUUACCGGCUGAAGGCUCGAGGUGCCACCAAGUUGUCCAUACAUCUGAUCCAUACCCGAGUGGCAGCACAGGCAUGUGCCGUGGGUGCCAUCAUGCUCGGUGCCAUGUAUACAAUGUACAGAGAUUACAUCAAGAGGGUGUCAGAGGAUCCUGAGAAGUAGGAGUCCUGAGGCUGCAGGAUGGCCCAAUCCCCAGCUGUCUCCAUAUACACUAAUAAAGCGUUGUUGAGCAAAGUGAAGUGCCUUACU